UGACUGACUAUGCGUUCCAUUCGAACCAAACGUUUGGCUUCAAAAAAACGUCUGAAAAAUAAAUUUUUAGCCAAACAUUACAUUUGCAUUCACUGACUGACUGACUGUCUGUCCAAACAGUGUGUGUGUGUCUUCAUUAUCAUCCAUCCAUUCAUCACUAGUAGUAGUAGUAGUAGUAGUAGUAGUAGUAGUCAUGUCUCAAGUAAUGAUCAACCGAUUGGUCACCGAUUACGGUAUUGUCAUCGACACCAACAACAACAACAACAACACCAAUACUAGCAACGAAUGGUCUCAACAAUCAUCUGAACCGCACUCCCACUGCCAUCAACAGCAUCAGCAGCAGCUGCUGACCAACAGCUAUAGCUAUUGGUCAACAAUCGGUCCACAAUUGAUCCACAAUACUACUAGCCAUACAUGCAAUUACAGCCAUAACCAGAACAACAACAACAAUCCAAACAGUUAUUCAGCGCAACAGUUGCUGUUGUCGGCGGCGGCGGUGUCUUCGUCGUCGUCGUUAUCGUCGGGCCGACCAUCUAGUCUAGCAACGAGUAGUCCAUCAGUGGCGGCCAACAACAACAGUUCAGUGGUGCCAAUGGUUGGCGACUAUCAGGACUUUGCACUGACCAAGAAAGACAUCUAUACAUUCAAACGACUACUUGAGGAACCGUUAGUCGAAGAACUACUUCUGUGGGAUAAAUGUUGUCUAUUGGCCGACAAAUAUCUGCUGGCAAUGGCUCUGACCUAUUUCAAGAGGGCUGGUCUAAGGCACCAACAGUUUACACCCGUCUAUCUGAUGGUAGCCUUAUAUCUGGCCCACGAUAUGGAAGAGGAUGACCUGGACAUGAAGCUGGAUUUGGUACGGUUUGCAAUGUCCGAUACGGUUACCGAAAGCAAACAUCGGCUAUUCCUACGCAAACGAGACAAACUCUGGCAUCAGAUGAACUUCAGGGCAGCUGUCAAUCACGUCUGUUGCGAUGCCAUCAUGAAGUACUGUCUGCCCGACCACAAGAUCUGGCGUCGCGAACGAUCCAUCAGUCACGGCGGCGUAUGUUUGCCGCCGCACGUCAAGACAGUCGUCCACAAAGAGAUGCAUUUAGUCAACUCGUAUGUCGAAUGCAAUGUCCAAUGUAUUGUCUGUCUGUCGCAUGCAGUGAUGCGCCGCAAACGACAGGCCAGUGUCCAAUCGGCGGCUUCGACGAUGACGACAGUGGCCGCCUCCGAAUCCCAUAAUAACUGUGUCCAUCAAUUAGUAGUUAAAUCGAAAUUGAUGUCCACAUUGUCGGCAUUUUCGGCACCGUUUGUACCGCAAAACUAUUAUUACACACAAACUAUUCAUAGCGGCCCUGAAGAGUAAUAGUAGGGUAACGGCAGUCGUAGUGGUGGUGAAGUU